GCACACACACACACACACACACACACACUGGGCUUCAAAUUUGCCUUCGGAUGAGAGGAGCAUGGACGCGGAUGCAAGAGGCGCAGAGAUGAUGGAGCAGAGAGGAAUAUUUCCCAUCUAAACAUGGACACUCCGGGGCUCGCGGCUGCGAUGACUGUGCUCUUCCCCGCGGCGCUGUGAGGAGCAGCUCUGCCUCGUCAACAGUGUUGGAGCGUCAACCCUCCUUCAUCUCCUCCUGCCCCAUCACCCCUUCCCUUCCUCACCUCCAGACAAUCCUGCUACCUGGAACAGUAGCAUAAAAACAUGUGUAGACAUGGCCAAAAAAAUAUUUUUGGAAACCUGAAGAGGUAAAGAUUCUAUAUUUUGUUCAUCAAACCUUUGGUAGGAAAAAAAAAAUCACACAUAGACCGAUAUUUUGCGCACACAAUCCUACCAUUCAGUUUCCUUUGUUAACUUGACAUACACACCGCGGUCUGAUGAUGAUGUGCGAGGUGAUGCCCACCAUUUCCGAGGAUGGGCGAAGUGGAUCUGGCGGGGGGCCCUCCUCUCCUGCUGGGACAGGAGUCGGGGGCCCCGGAGGUGCGAUGGGAGGAGGAGGCUUCAGCGGGAGGGAGAUCAGAAGUGGAGAUGAGGGAGGCAGCACGGGGAACCUGGAGUCCCUGAUGGUCAACAUGCUGACCGAGAGGGAGAGGCUGCUGGAGAACCUGAGGGAGACACAGGACAGCUUGGGCACUGCUCACCUCCGCCUCCGUGAACUUGGCCACGAGAAGGAGUCACUUCAGAGGCAGCUGUCUAUUGCCUUGCCACAGGAGUUUGCGGUGCUGACGAAAGAGCUGAACGUUUGCCGCGAGCAGCUCCUGGAGAGGGAGGAGGAGAUUGCCGAGCUCAAGGCGGAGAGAAACAACACGCGCUUGCUGCUGGAACACUUGGAGUGUCUGGUGUCUCGCCACGAGCGCAGUCUGAGGAUGACAGUUGUGAAAAGACAGGCCCAGUCCCCAGCAGGAGUCUCCAGUGAGGUGGAGGUCCUUAAGGCCCUCAAGUCUCUGUUUGAGCACCACAAGGCCCUGGAUGAGAAGGUGCGAGAGAGGCUCCGCGUGGCCCUUGAGAGGGUGUCCAUGUUAGAGGAUCAACUGGCAGCGUCUUCUCAAGAGGUAAUCUCAUUAAAAGACCAAAUUAAAAGACGUCAACAAGGGGUGGACGGCGGGAAAGAUCGACUACCCAACGGUCCCUCCUCCGGCCUGGAGGACGGGGAGCUGGACAGACAGAGGGAGGGAGAGAUAGAGCGACAGAGAUCAGAACUCUCCCAGCUGAGGGAGAGGCUGGCCCUCAUGUGCCGACAGGUUGGAGAAAUAGAGGAGCAGCUUGCGGCCGCCAGGAGGGAGGUGACGAAGUCGGAGGAGGCCAAUCAGAAGCUCCAAAGGGAAGUGAAAGAGGCUCUUUGUCAGAGGGAGGACAUGGAGGAGAGGAUUACAACAUUAGAACGCAGGUACCUCAGUGCCCAGAGGGAGGCGACUUCUCUCCAUGAUAUCAAAGACAAGCUGGAAAAUGAGUUGGCAAGUAAGGAGUCCCUGCACAGACAGAGUGAAGAAAAAAACCGACAGCUGCAGGAGCGUCUGGAUGAAGCCAAGCAGAAGCUCCAGCAGACACUGCAGAGGGCAGAGACGCUGCCUGAAAUCGAGGCCCAGCUCGCUCAGAGAGUUGCUGCUCUCAACAAGGCAGAAGAACGCCACGGAAACUUUGAGGAGAGACUACGACAAAUGGAAGCUCAGCUCGAGGAGAAGAACCAAGAACUGCAGAGGGCGAGGCAGAGAGAGAAGAUGAAUGAUGAACACAACAAACGUCUCUCAGACACGGUGGACAAGCUUCUGUCUGAGUCCAACGAGCGACUGCAGCUCCACCUCAAAGAAAGGAUGGCAGCGCUCGAGGAGAAGAAUGCUCUUUCCGAGGAGUUGUCCAAUAUGAAGAAAAUCCAAGAUGAUCUCUUAGCCAAUAAGGAGCAGUUGCUUGCUGAGUUGGAGCGAAUACAAAUGGAGCUGGAUCAGCUGAGAGGCAGGACUGGCACAGGCUACUCCAGGGCUGGCAGCGUGAGUUCACUUCCCUCCACCCUCUUCCGAAGAUCUCUUCCAGGGAGUUCAUCGGAGCUGCGCUACCCCCAGGGCGGAGGCUCGCUCCCGUCCGGCUACAGCAGCUCCACCAGUGGGGUGGUGGUCAGGCGGGCGCACCGCGGCCGAUGGGGGCCUGCUAGAGAUGAUAAUAACAAGUAUGGAGAGUGGGACAGUGGGACAAUGAUUGUUCCUGGGUAUGAUGGUGGUGUGGACGGAGGCUGCUCGGAUGAUGAGGAGGACAGGGAGACUCUCUUCGGAUCGGAGCUUCUCUCUCCCAGCGGACAGACGGACGUACAGACUUUGGCCAUCAUGCUACAGGAACAACUGGAGGCCAUUAACAAGGAGAUCAAGCUCAUUCAAGAGGAAAAGGAGAGCACAGAGCUAAGGGCUGAGGAGAUUGAGAGUCGGGUCAGCAGCGUGGCCCUUGACGCCCCGUCUCUUCCCCCCUCCUCACUGGGAGGACGGGACAGCAUUAGUCGGGGUUACAUGACUCCCUCCAUCACCUCCUCCACGUUGGCAUCUCCUUCACCUCCCAGUUCAGGACAUUCCACCCCACGUCUGCCACACUCCCCUGCCAGAGAGACUGACAGACAGAAUAGCAAAGAUGGCGAAGAGUGCAGAGCACUCGCCCUGGUUGACUCCACGCCGCUCGCUGUCCCUCGAGCUCUGCGAUUGGACCGGAUGACACACACUCACCCCGGGGCGGGCCUGGAUGACCACCGGGAAUUUCGCAGUCUGUCUGCUGAUGGUGCCAUAACUGCUAGUCAGGAUUCCCUCCACAAAGCCAGCAAAAAGAAGAGCAUCAAGUCAUCAAUCGGUCGUCUCUUUGGCAAAAAGGAAAAGGGAAGAAUUGGUGCAUCGGGGCGCGAGUCCACCUCACUGGCCUCCACACCAUCUGAUGACCUGGGUUCAGCUGAUCCUCUGGGUCUGGCCAAACUUGGGACUGGAACAGUGGAAAAGGACCGUCGCUGCAAAAAGAAGCACGACCUGUUAGAGGAGGCCUGUCGUCAGGGUCUGCCCUUCGCCUCGUGGGACGGACCCACUGUGGUCACAUGGCUAGAGCUGUGGGUUGGGAUGCCAGCAUGGUACGUGGCAGCAUGUCGUGCCAACGUGAAGAGCGGCGCCAUCAUGGCCAACCUCUCGGACACAGAGAUCCAGAGGGAGAUCGGCAUCAGCAACCCUCUGCAUAGGCUCAAACUCCGUCUGGCCAUUCAGGAAAUGGUCUCCCUCACCAGUCCGUCAGCACCAGCAAGCACUCGCUCUUCAACCAGUAACAUUUGGAUGACGCAUGCUGAGAUGGAGUCUCUCACUGCUGCUACUAAACCAGAGCAGAAGGAGUUCAGCUGGGACCAGAUCCUGGCCUAUGGAGACAUGAACCACGAGUGGGUUGGCAAUGAGUGGCUGCCCAGCCUCGGCCUGCCCCAGUACCGCUCCUACUUCAUGGAGUCACUGGUGGACGCCCGCAUGCUCGAUCACCUCACCAAGAAAGAACUGAGGGGUCAACUGAAGAUGGUGGACAGUUUCCACAGGGUCAGUCUUCACUAUGGUAUCAUGUGCUUGAAACGCUUGAACUAUGACAGGAAGGAGCUGGAGAGGAGGAGGGACGAGAGUCAGCAUCAAAAUCAAGAUGUCAUGGUAUGGUCCAAUGAGCGAGUGAUGUGUUGGGUGCAGUCAAUUGGCCUGAAAGAGUAUGCGGACAACCUUUUAGAGAGUGGGGUGCACGGGGCCCUUCUGGCACUAGAUGACACCUUCGACUACACCGACUUGGCCCUUCUCCUGCAAAUACCCAAUCAGAACACACAGGCAAGGCAGGUCCUAGAGAAGGAGUACAACUCCCUCAUCUCCAUGGGAACAGAGAGAAGGCCAGAUGAGGAUGGCACAAAAACAUUUACUCGAUCUCCAUCCUGGAGGAAGAUGUUCAGGGAGAAGGACCUCCGGGGCGUGACCUCUGACUCGUCAGAAACAUUACCUGCCAACUUCCGUGCCUCCGCCAUCUCGACUCCCUCUGUCACCCUGAGAAAAGUCCAGAGUGAAGUGAACUCCGGUCAGAGAGGAGAGUCGGGCUCCGUGAGAACAUAUUCCUGCUAAAAGAUAAGCACACCAGACCCACACCUCUAUCCUAAAGCACGGGGAAGGAAGAGGGGAAAAAAGUGAGGAUCAAAAUCAAAAGUGGACACUACAACGUUCAAGCCUCGAAGAAUCAAAGACACUUGAGUGAAUGAGUGGUGAAAAGAUCAAAAGAUAAUGAGUGAAUGUUUGUUAAUUCAUGUCUCUCUCUCUCCAUUUUGAUCCAUAGUUGUGGCAUGAUGCUGUUUGAUGCUGUAGAAAGUGACCAUUGCCUGUUGUGAAUUCAUCUUCUGUUUCUGAGUGUGACAUGGCAAUAUUGAUAUGAGAGAAUUUAUGGGUUUUGUUUGUUUGUUUGUUUGUUUGUUUUUUACACUGGGAAAUGCAUACCUGCUCAAAUCAAGAAGAGAAUUGUACCCUCACACAUCCUUCCAGGUGUUUGUACUGAGAAGAGAACACACUCUCGUGACAUGACAGUAAGACUCUGUGGAGAGGGAGCGUCAGCUUUCAGAGGAGAGGAUGUAAGUGUAUAAAGGAUAAAUUUAUUGUAUGUUCCCAAGCCAUAACAGACAUGAGAUGCACAAAUGUGAAUAGGUCGGACGAUGAGACAGUUAGCAAAGUGCUUUACGACAAAAUCCUGUUCAAAGUGGUGGGAAAAAAAGAUUGAAGCCUUUGUUUUAAUAUGCAUGCCAAAAUCCAUUCUAGAGUGAACGUCAUGAUAUCGAUCACCUACUGAUGUGAACAGCUCGGGUCAGGAGUUUGUAAAAUGUGUGUGUUUUAUUUUGAUCAUUCUUUUUUGUAUGAUAACUGCUAGUGUAUGUAUGUACAGUAUGUAUGUGUGUGUGUGUGUGUGUGUGUGUAUUAAACUGUACGUUCAUUUCAUACUUAGUUUUACGACGGUUUACAAUGAUUUUAUUUCAGUUUGACAGAGAAAAAAAACCCAACGUUUUAAUUUAUGGACAUUUAAGAUAUGA